AUUGAAAUAUCUCAUUCCUAUCAUCUCCGCCGUAGGGGUGUGUGCUUCUUUACUUAUUCUAUAGAGAGUGCUUUGUGUUGUUAGUGAGUUCAGUUUCCAUGGAUCGUACGCUUGUUAUGUCUUCACCUAAUGUCUGUUCAAACACUAAUGGUGGAAAUCUCAUGCGCAGGAAACAUUCCACCAUGGCCAACAAUAUAUACUAUCCAACUUCUUGCGUAUCAAAAGCUUCACAAUGCCAUAGGAAAACUCAAAUAGAAUGCAAUCUUUUGAGGUCACAACAGUCAAUUUUGAAUCAUCAUUACAAAUGCAUUGAAGGAAGGCCUACAUUUCAAGAAUGCAAUAGAAAAUAUGUUGUAAAAGCAGCCCAUGCUAUACCAUCUUUUGAUUCUGAAUCUCACGCUUCCAGUCCCAAAAACAUUUUGGACCCUGUCAAAAAAUUCUUGGUUGCUUUGUACUGGUUUUGCAAUCCUCACUCGAUGAUUGGCCGAACAUUAAGCGCAACAUCUGGGUGUCUGCUUGCAGUGGAGAAAUUGUCAGAUAUAUCUCCAUUAUUUUUCAUUGGUUUGUUACAGGUCUUGGUACCCAACUUCUUUAUGGAUAUUUAUGUUAAUGGUGUGAAUCAACUGUUUGACCUUGAAAUAGACAAGAUAAAUAAACCAUUUUUACCAUUAGUAUCUGGGAACUUAUCCAUUACAAAUGCUGUCUUUAUUGUAGCAUCAUCUGCAAUUCUGAGUUUUUGGCUAAGCUUGAUUAUAGGUUCUUGGUCAUUGAUUUGGAACGUUGCGCUGUGCUUUUUGCUGUGGACUGCCUAUUCAGUAAAUGUGCCCCUGUUGAGAUGGAAGAGAUCACCAGUACUCACAGCAAUGAUUAUGUUUUCUAGUUGGACACUUAUAUUUCCAAUUACAUAUUUCCUUCACAUGCAGACGUUUGUGUUCAAAAGGCCAGUUGUCUUUACAAGAUCGUUGAUUGUUUCUAUGGUAUUCUAUGGUUUCUACUCUAUAAGUUUAGCAUUGUCCAAGGAUAUACCCGACAUCGAAGGAGAUACAAAAUUUGGCAUACGUUCUUUUGCAACACGUUUAGGUAAAAAAAAGGUAUUUUGGAUUUGUGUUUCCCUAUUCGAAGUGGCUUUUGGAGUUGUCCUCCUCGCAGGAGCAUCAUCUUCUUCUCCCCUCUGGAUUAAAAUUAUUACGGGUCUAGGAAGUAUUAUUCCUGCUACAAUUCUCUGGUACCAGACCAAAUAUGUAGAUUUGUCAAGUCCAGAUUCGACCAGAUCCUUCUAUAUGCUGAACUGGAAGUUGUUGAACGUAGCAUUCUUGUUCCUGCCUUUAAUUAGAUAAGGAUGACACUGAAGACCAAGACAAUGUUCGUAAAGCGUACAACAAAAUAGUAUAGAUCUUUUGCACCUAAAUUUAUUAAAACAAUAAAAAUCAUUAGAUUUGUGUUCCAUAGAUAUAAGUUCAUGUAUCAUUAAGAUUUUUCUUUACUUUUGUCGAAGAUUUUAUCAUCUGUAUCCAUACCAACAUUGGCCUUGAUUGUCAUAUAUUUCAUAAGUGGAACAAGAAAAUAUAAACAACUUGUUAUACUAAAAGUUUUAAGCGAAAAA